AAUAGGUUUCGGUUGAGCAGUGAUGGAUAAUAUACCAGCGGCCAUGGACAGACACUUAGACGUGAUUCAGUGUCAUGAAGAUGGAGGAAUAUUACUUGGGGCAUCAAACCUGACCGGUCGUUACUGGUAUGGGUCUAUAUGGUACUAUCAGGAUCCCUCAUGUGCCCCUGAUGUGGAGAAGUGUAAGGCUGGUGUGCAACUGGAGGCGGGGCUAAGUGAUGCCUUGUGGCUCAGCAGUACCAAGGUCCUAGUUGGUUUAGAUACAGGCGGACUGGCAGUAUGGGAGCUAAUUGAUGACUUUGAUACAUUUAUGCAGCAGUUAUCGACGGUAGAACAUGAUGAUAUUGUCAGCUCAAUAUCUAUUUGUAGUGACAAGCAGAGGGCCAUAUCAGGAAGUCAUGACAGAUGUGUGAAGGUAUGGGAUUUAGAAACUCUAGCAUCUAGAAAUACAUACAGAGCUCACGGGGACCUGGUAAACUGUGUCAAGUGUCAUCCAACAGAGUCUGCCAUUUUCCUAUCCUGUUCACAGGAUGGUAGCAUAUUUUUAUGGGACACACGAAAACCUAAACCAGUUAGUAUUGUAGACAAAUCACCCCUUCAACAUUCCUCCAAAUGUGUUGUCUGGCAGCCCAACUCUCAACAUUCAUUUGCUGUUGGUGAUGAAACCGGUCAAAUUGUGGUCAAAGAUACGCGGAUGUCAAUAGGAACACCAGUGACCUACACAGCACACUGCCGCUGUGUCAACAGACUCGAGUUCUCAAGGGAUAGUCCCAGUCUGCUGGCCUCAGUAUCCGACGAUUGUGAGGUUGUGAUCACGGACACUAGUUCUGUGAAAUGUACAGAAGUCUACAGAAACCGAUCCCACCGUGACUUUGUACAAGGAUUGUCCUGGAAAGGGAACCAAAUUUUCACAUGUGGCUGGGACUCACAAGUGUUAACACACACCAUAGACAAUGUAGCCAUGACAACUUCUGGCACCGUAACCAUAGCAGACAAGGUCAAAGGUCAGACAACUAUAGGUGAUAUGAACUGUAAGGUUGAGACUUCAAUGAAGGAUAUGGUGAAGUGCAAUGGAAAUGGUGAUUCCAUGUCCGUGGAGAGUACCUGACCUCACAACUACCUCAGAUGUUACAAGGUCCAUCAUCUAUUGUUCACGCCAAGGACACUGAAGAUAUUUUAUUGGAUGCUGAAGGCCAUUGAAGGUCAUUUUAGGUCAUUACAGGGCAUUUUAAAGGACAAUCUUGGUCAUUUCCAUGCAUUCUUCUGUGUGAUCGAGGUCACUUCCAUGCAUUUUAUUUGGAUGAUCUAGGUUGAUUUCAUGCAUUUUCUUGGACGACCUAGGUUGUUUCUAUUUCCAUGCAUUUUUCUUUCUUCUUCUUUUUUUUUUUUUUUUUUUGACAGGUUUCCAUGCAUAUUUCUGGAUGAUCAAGGUAGUUUCCAUGCAUUUAAUUGGAUGAUCUAGAUCAUUUCCAUGGAUUUAAUUGGACGAUCUAGGUCAUUUCCAUGCAUUUAAUUGGACGAUCUAGGUCAUUUCCAUGCAUUUAAUUGAAUGAUCUAGGUCAUUUCCAUGCAUUUAAUUGAAUGAUCUAGGUCAUGUCCACGCAUUUUCUUGGAUGAUCAAGGUCAUUGUCCUGGAGAUCACUCAGAGGGUGUUUUUCAUUGACAAUUAUUGGAGAAUUUUUAGAUCUGAAGUUAAAGGGUUUUAUUGUAAGAAGCUUGUCUAUUAGUGUUAUGUAUGAUACAAGGCUUGGAUUACUGUCAUGAGUUUUUAUCCUCAUCAGUCAAUACAAGCCAAGCCUUGAAUUCAUAGAGGUUUACAACCUUCUGAUGAGGGAAAAAAAUCUAUUAAUACAGUGCAAUGAUUAUUAAAGACCUUAACACACCAUUGGAUCCCACUGGUGUCAUUAACUGGUGUGCUCAUAAUGGCCAUGUCAUUCAUUCUUUUAUAAACCAGCAAAUUUGAGGAAUACUAGAUGUUCAUAACAGGCCAUGGGAACAAAACUAUGGAGUCACAAUCAACAUAACACACUUUUGUGUUGAGUGUCUCCCAAUAUUGAACUUAAAAGUGUUAUACUGCUAACUAUUUAGAUUAUAUAAAGAUAGGUUUUAUAUGUUGAUAUAUAUCUCAUUAAAGUUUAUAAGUUUGAAUGACACCAGGUGUACCAUGUUUUACAAUUUGAAGUUGUUGGUAGGUGAACAUCUUCCCAUGGAAAGCUUUUAGUUGUAUUCAGUAAAUAUUUUUUCUUUCCAUCAUCGAUUGAUCUCUGUAUUCUUUUGCUAUGUCAAAGCAGUGAUCAGUUGUAGUAUAUAACUGACUGAAAAUUCAGACUGUUAAGAAUUUUCUUUUGUAUUAUUACAAUAAGUUGUAUAGGGUGUACUAUAUAUCAAUACAUUAUGCAGUACUCUAAUAUAAAGAGUUGUCUCCCCUCUUAAAAUUGUAAUAUUUGUUAGUUUGUUUUUUAAAUGUUUAAUCAUACUCAAAAGGUUAGGGGGGAAUCCUCAGGAAAGAUUUCAAGGCCCAGAUCUCUUCUAAGAAGUUGUGUUCUGGCCUUAUAGACUUGAUUAAAUCAUUUGUUUUAAACAUUUAUCUAUCUCUUUAUUGCUUCAGUUACAAAAUUAUAUUUGUCCUAUAUAAAAAAAUGUACAAUACAUUACAAAAGGAGUUUCCUCAAGUAGCAAGAGAAAAUGGAAGGACUAGGCCUAAUUUUACGCAAGCUCGUGAUUUCAUACUUUGUUGAAAAUGUGAUUUCGAAUGAUGGCUAUGAAAGAUGUGUGUGUGUGCAAGGGACUUAAUCAGCUGGAAUGAAUGCUGAAAAAUACAGGCAAAGACAGAAGUUGUCUUUUUAUGAUAAAACAGAUUAGCAAUAUUACACAAUAAACAUUAACAGUAAUGUGUUCA